AACUUGGAGAAUGAUAAAAUAUUUCAAUGAAUACACAUUCUCAAACGGUUUUCUUGAGAAGAUUUCUGUAGGAAUAAUUUGCCAACGACUCUUGGUGGUGUGAAUCAUCAUUCUUGCGGAAGGGUUUGUUCUUUCUCUACCAAACAAAUAAAGAAAAGCAUCUCAAAAACAUUCUGAUUCAUGUUUAGAGCAUGUUCGCGAAGCUUUUUCUGAUUUAUUUCCACAAAAGCCAAAUGGGUCUGAACAAAUGUUCAAUCAUUUCACACCUAGAUAAUUGACAAGCAGGUGGCACCACCAAAUUUGACAGUGAAACUAAUAUUUGGCUUUACGGGUCGGGUUACUCCCACGAAAUCUGGAGCAUGCCCACAUCACAAAUGAGGAGAGAGGAGCUUGGGAGGUUGUGUUUUGCUCGGAUUGCUCGAUGCGUUGCUCUGAAUUUUCGAGCUUCUUCCACUGGUCCUAUAUCUCGAACCAACCAGAAAGGUACCCUCAAGAGAAGUAGACUUCGCCGCUGUAAAAGUGCCCUACCAGAAUAUAAUCUUCCAGACACUAACAAAGCUGCCUCAUCUCCACGCUCUGAAUCCAGAAUCCAGGGACUUCACCCAAGUUUGAUUAAAGUAAUCAUAGUCUUGUCCAUUUACCUGGGUGCUGGCACUCUAUGCUUCUACCUCGCCAGGCAUUGGAUGAAGGGAAAGAAAACAAAUGGAGUUCUGGAUGCUGUUUAUUUCUGUGUUGUGACAAUGAGCACAGUUGGGUAUGGAGACCUUGUCCCUGAUAGUGCAGCUACAAAACUACUUGCCUGUGCCUUUGUCUUCACAGGUAUGGCUUUGAUUGCUCUAAGUUUAAGCAAAGCAGCAGACUAUCUGGUAGAGAAGCAGGAAAUGUUGCUAAUUAGAGCCUUAUACAUGCCCAAACAUGUUGGUAUGGCUGAAAUUUUAAAGGAAAUGGAAACCAACAAAGUGAGAUACAAAUGCCUCAUGGUUUUUCUUCUUCUUUUGCUGAUUAUUACUUGUGGGACAGUCUUCCUAGCUAAAGUUGAGAAAUUGAGCUUUGUCGAUGCAUUCUAUUGUGUUUGUUCUACCAUCACAACCUUGGGCUAUGGAGAUGUUAGCUUCUCCACUGAAGCCGGACGUGCUUUUGCGGUGCUUUGGAUAUUGUUUGGUACCAUUUCUUUAGCACAGUUUUUCCUUUAUGUUGCCGAGCUUAACACUGAAAGAAGACAAAAGAAAUUAGCGAAAUGGGUCCUCGGACGGAAGAUGACAAAUGUAGAUUUGGAGGUUGCUGAUCUUGAUGAUGAUGGAGUCGUUGACGUUUCUGACUUCAUCAUCUAUAAGCUGAAAGAGAUGGGGAAGAUCAGCCAAGAAGAUAUUUCACUUGUAAUGGGAGAGUUUGAAGAACUUGAUAUUGAUCAGUCAGGGACAUUAUCAGCCACUGAUCUAACACUUGCUCAAUCUCAACCUGUUGAGGAGGAGGCAACACCACCAUAGAAAGGUAAUGUACUACUAACUAACUAACUAACUAUUGAGACAACUUAUGUAAGUUGUCUCAAUGCUACUCUGUCAGAUUUGUAUUACCACUUUGGAGAAUGAAGAAGGCAAUGGUAUUGAUAAAGUAAGUUUGUAAGUUUGUUGCUAGGGAGGGAUUGGUUUGGGUGAGAAAUUCAAAUGGUUUUGUUUCUGUUUGUUUUUUUAGGUGUGAAAGUUGUGGAAUCAACAACUAUUGAUGCAUCAGUUAAUACAACUUGAAUUUGAGAUUAUUUAGAA